GUCAGAAGAGAAUCGAAAGCAAGACAAGAGGCAGCAUAAUAGGUUUAUGAAGGGUUUUAACUUUCAAGGCGGCUGCUACUUCACUUACUACUAACCCUUCCCCAUCAUUCCGAUCUUCCUUACUCUCUAAUUUUCUCGGGAAAAUCUCUACAUUUUCUCUCAUGCCCCAAACACCUCUCAUCCACUACUGAACAAUUUUCCAUUCCUCGUUUCUAUCACCAACAAAAUAUGUGGACUAACAUAGUCAAGCGAGCUUCCUCUAAGAAGUUCAACCUAUCCUACUCAAUUUCUUCUUCUUCUUCUUCUUCACUGAGAUUUUCUCAGCACUCCAAUUUUCCCGAGAAAAUCUUGCCCCAAACAAGGAUAAUUAAUUCAAGGCACCCGUUUUUUGGUUUCAGUCAAGUUAGUAUCUUUAAUUCGGAAAACAAAUUGGGUCGAUCCAAUCUUUCGUUUUCUGAAGACCCUUUUACGUUUUCUUCAACUUCAGUGGCUCACUUUAGAGGUUACGGUAGUGUUGCUGAAGCUAUUGAAUCAUCCGAUACAGAAGAUGAUCAUUCAGGUUGUGAAGAAGUUCAGAAACUGUUAGAAGAAAUGGUAAAAGAGGAAAAGAAAAAGCCUGAAUUAGAGAACCAAAAGAACAAUAGUGGAGGAGGCAUGGCUAGUUACAAGUAUAAAAUGCUUAAAAGGAGACAGAUAAAGAUUGAGACUGAGGCUUGGGAAGAAGCAGCAAGAGAGUAUCAGGAAUUGUUGGAGGAUAUGCGUGAGCAGAAACUUGCACCUAAUUUGCCUUAUAUGAAAUCAUUGUUUCUUGGUUGGUUUGAGCCUUUAAAGAAUGCAAUUGCUGAUGAUCAAGAGCUUUGUAAAGAUUAUAGGCAUAGGGCGAGUCAUUCUCCUUAUUUCAAUGAGUUGCCGCCUGAUAUGAUGGCUGUUAUCACUAUGCAUAAGUUGAUGGGGUUGUUGAUGACUAAUAGUAAUGGUGUUGGUAGUGCUAGAGUUAUCCAAGCUGCUUGUCAAAUAGGUGAAGCCAUUGAACACGAGGGUAAGAUAUACCGAUUUAUGGAGAAGACAAAGGGGAAGAAAACAACCACUGGCAAGUCUGCUGGUGAAUCUGUUCUUGCACCUGUAAAAAUCGACGAAAUGACAGCUGAAGAGAAAGAGAAAUUUAAAAAAGAGCAGACAAGACUUAGGAGAAAAGUUGCUAGUUUAAUAAAAAAGCAGAAGACGCAACAAGCUAUGGGGAUAGUUCGUGGAAGGGACGAAGGGAAGCCUUGGGGACAGGAAGCCCAAGUGAAGGUCGGCUCUCGUUUGGUACAACUGUUAAUAGAAACUGCUUACUUACAACCACCUGCCAAUCAAUUUGGAGACAGUCCACCAGAUAUUUACCCUGCGUUCAAGCAUACCCUCAAAACAGUUUCUGCCGAUUCAAACAAUGGAAGUAAAAGAUAUGGCGUUAUUGAAUGUGACCCUCUGAUACAAAAGGGCCUUGAAAAGACUGCCAGGCACAUGGUUAUCCCCUACAUGCCAAUGUUGGUUCCACCUACUAACUGGACAGGGGAUGACAAAGGGGCAUACUUGUUUUUGCCAUCAUAUGUAAUGAGAAUACAUGGAGCAAAGCAGCAACGUGAAGCUGUAAAAAGGGCUCCCAAGAAUCAACUUAAACCAGUAUUUGAGGCCCUUAAUACCCUUGGUGAUACAAAAUGGAGGGUAAACAAAAGUGUACUUGGCGUGAUAGAUCAAAUAUGGGCUAAUGGAGGCCGCUUGGCUGACUUGGUGGAUCGCGAUGAUACUCCCCUCCCAGAGGAACCAGACACAGAAGACGAAGCAGAAAUCCGAAAAUGGAAGUGGAAAGUUAAAUCCGUCAAAAAGGAGAACAGUGAGAGACAUUCACAGCGAUGUGACAUAGAACUUAAACUGGCAGUUGCUCGAAAGAUGAAAGAAGAAGAAGGCUUCUACUAUCCUCACAAUCUUGAUUUCAGAGGGCGUGCGUAUCCCAUGCACCCAUAUUUGAACCAUCUUGGUUCUGAUUUAUGUCGAGGCAUACUUGAGUUUGCAGAGGGACGUCCUCUGGGGAAGUCUGGCAUGCAAUGGUUGAAAAUACAUCUGGCAAAUUUAUAUGGCGGUGGUGUUGACAAGUUAUGUUAUGACGGUCGAAUAGCAUUUACUGAGGACCACCUGGAUGAUAUUUUUGAUUCUGCAGACAGACCUCUUGAAGGAAAGCGGUGGUGGUUGCAAGCAGAGGAUCCUUUUCAGUGCUUGGCAGCAUGUAUCAAUCUUUCCGAAGCAUUGAGAAGCGACACUCCCGAGACUACCCUUUCUCAUAUGCCUGUACACCAGGAUGGUUCAUGCAAUGGCUUACAACACUAUGCAGCACUUGGUAGGGACAAGUUGGGAGCUGCUGCAGUCAAUCUUGUUGGUGGAGACCAGCCUGCUGAUGUUUACUCGGGAAUUGCUGCCAGAGUACUUGAAAUCAUGAAAAGUGAUGCAUUGAAAGAUCCCAAAACUAAUCCACAUGCGUUGCAUGCUAGGCGAUUGAUCAGCCAGGUGGACCGAAAGUUGGUGAAGCAGACAGUGAUGACAUCGGUCUAUGGAGUGACUUAUAUUGGGGCCCGGGACCAGAUCAAGAGAAGGCUUAAGGAGCGUUGUGCGAUUGAGGAUGAUUCAGAGCUGUUUGCUGCUUCAUGCUAUGCUGCAAAAACUACUCUCACUGCCUUAGAAGAGAUGUUUGAGGCUGCAAGAAGUAUUAUGAGUUGGCUAGGUGAUUGUGCAAAGGUGAUAGCUUCCACAAACCAAGCAGUGCGAUGGGUCACCCCCCUUGGGCUUCCCGUAGUACAACCUUACAGAGAAAUAGGAAGACAUCUGAUCAAGACUUCCCUUCAGGUAUUGACGUUACAGCGGGAGACUGACAAGGUCAUGGUAAAAAGGCAGAGAACAGCUUUUCCCCCAAAUUUUGUUCACUCUCUUGAUGGUUCUCACAUGAUGAUGACUGCAGUCGCUUGUAAAAAAGCAGGGAUGAGCUUUGCAGGGGUUCAUGAUUCUUAUUGGACACAUGCAUGUGAUGUUGACGAAAUGAACAGGAUACUCAGGGAAAAGUUUGUUGAACUCUACGAGGCUCCAAUAUUGGAAAAUUUAUUGGAAGAUUUUGAGAAGACUUUUCCCACAUUGAAGUUUCCUCCUUUACCAGAACGGGGAGACUUUGAUCUUCGACAGGUUUUGGAGUCUCCCUAUUUUUUCAACUAGACUGUACAAAAUCUCAGGUUGCUUAUCUAGUACUGCCUCCUCAUGUGGUCAAGUGGAGUUGAGUCCAAUGUAAUGAAAUUUGUAAAGAUAUCUACUUGCAUGACAUUGCAAAAGCUGCAAGAACAGACAAUGCAACCGAAGUGUUUGAAAGCAAGAUUUGUGUUGCCAAAUUUGUGCCAUGCAGGGACUUAGUACUCCUUGGAUGGAACUGCAAUUUUCUUUCAAAGCCACUAUAAAUGAAAGAGGGCCCCACAUAUGGUUAAUUUGUCAUUGAGAAGAAAAAGGGCCUCACAUAUUGCAUUACAAAUUGAUUUUGAAAUUUUGAUUGGAUCAGUUGCUUGGAUCAGUUGCAAAGCAAGAGGGUUCAGCAUAUACAUCAGCCAAACUGUUUUUUUUUGUCUAUGAUUGGCUCAACACAGACUAAUAAAAAGGAUUGAAGCUUUGGUAAUCUUAUAAGGUGAUUUUCUCAGAUGUGGACAUUUUCUAUUGCAAAUCAGCCAAAGUUGGAUUUUGCUUUUUGUAUACUUUGUAUUUUAUUUUAUUCUUUUUGGUGGGUGGAGAGGGAAAUGGAAGCAUAUGUAGCAUUUUUUUUUGUUAUGGUUAAUGUAAUAUUUUUUCUCACACUUGUUCCAUUAUUUGAAAUAACAUAUAUUUAAAGUAAAUAAAUAAUACCAAUAGAAAAUAUCAUUACCUGAA